AUGGUCACCAUGCCUCCCAGAGUGGUUUGAGCCCGUGGGCGCAUGCGUAGUCGGUAUGCCUGAAGUCAGUCUGGGAUACUCCCGCGUCACAGAGGCUGACGCUUCCAGCGCGGAGGGACAACGUCACCGGCACCGAGUCUCCACCGGCAUCUCCCAGAAGGCAGUGCGCUUAUUAUUGGCCCCUGAGAGAGAGAGAGAAGGCGGCGGCGGCAGGGGAAAAUUACUGAGACAGGGAAGUAUCUGUAUGGAUGACGGCUUACAUGUGAUCUACAAUGGGAUAUUUUAGGGACCACAGGACAAGUACAACCCUAUAAGCACUUGGACUGGGUGGUGCCAGCAGUCAUGACCACUUCUCAUGUGAACGGACAUGUAACAGAAGACUCUGACAGUGACAAACAGAGCUCGGAUCUUGCCGUUCGAGAGGAGCCACCAAAACAUAGGGAAAUGGCCAUUGAUUGUCCCGGGGAUUUGGGUUCGCGGGCGAUGCCCAUCCGGCGGAGUGCCCAACUGGAACGGAUUCGGCAGCAGCAGGAGGACAUGAGGCGUAGGCGGGAGGAAGAAGGGAAGAAACAAGAGCUGGAUGUUAAUUCAUCUAUGAGGCUUAAAAAGUUGGCACAGAUUUUCCCUAAAACUGGAAUUGACAACCCUAUUUUUGAUACUGAGGAAGGGCUGGUGUUGGAAAGUCCUAGCCGGGCUGUGAAAGUACUGGAGAUUGAAGAUUUGUUAUUUUCGCUCAAGGAUAUCCAGCACACCCUGGUAGAUUCUCAGAGCCAGGAAGACCUCAGCUUACUUCUGCAACUGGUGCAAAAUGAGGAUUUUCAGACUGCUUUCAAGAUCCACAAUGCUGUGGCCGUGCACAUGAACAAAGCCAGUCCCCCGUACCCUCUCAUUCCUAAUGCACAAGAUCUAACCCAAGAGGUACAGCAAGUGUUAAAGUCCAGCCAUCAGAAAGAAGGCCAGGAGCUUAUUGCCUUGCUGAACUCUCCUCACAUUCAGGCUCUCCUCCUGGCCCAUGACAAGGUUGCAGAGCAAGAAAUGAUGCCUGAGCCUGCAUCAGAAGAUCGCUUUUACGAGGACAUUGGCCUGUAUGGAGAUGAGACCGUAAAAAUUGUCAGAAUAGAAAAAUCCAGAGAUAUCCCGUUGGGGGCCACUGUGCGGAAUGAUGGAGAUUCUGUUGUUAUCAGCAGGAUAGUGAAAGGUGGGGCAGCGGAGAAGAGCGGCUUGUUACAUGAAGGUGACGAAAUUCUUCAAAUAAAUGGCACUGAGAUCCGAGGGAAAGAUGUGAACGAGGUGUUUGAACUGUUGGCUGAUAUGCACGGCAACUUGUCAUUUCUGCUAAUUCCCAGCCAACAGUCCAAGCCACCACCCAGCAAAGAAAACGUGGUACACGUAAAGGCUCACUUUGACUAUGACCCUUCUGACGACCCUUACGUGCCAUGCAGAGAGCUAGGCCUGUCCUUCCAGAAAGGAGACAUCCUCCACGUCAUUAGUCAGGAGGACCCCAACUGGUGGCAGGCUUAUCGAGAUGGAGAUGAGGACAACCAGCCUUUGGCAGGACUUGUACCUGGAAAGAGCUUCCAGCAGCAGAGAGAAGCCAUGAAGCAAACGAUAGAAGAAGACAAAGAACCAGAAAAAUCAGGAAAAUUGUGGUGUGCAAAGAAAAAUAAGAAGAAAAGGAAGAAGGUUCUGUACAACGCCAAUAAAAAUGAUGAUUAUGAUAAUGAAGAAAUUCUGACUUAUGAGGAAAUGUCCCUUUAUCAUCAACCAGCGAACAGAAAGCGGCCAAUCAUUCUCAUCGGACCCCAGAGUUGUGGGCAGAAUGAGCUACGGCAAAGACUGAUGACAAACGAACCAGAAAGAUUUGCAGUCGCAGUACCUCAUACCACUCGGAGCAGAAGGGAGAAUGAAGUGGCAGGGCGCGACUAUCACUUUGUUUCACGGCAAACUUUCGACGCAGACAUUUCCUCCGGGAAGUUCAUUGAGUCCGGGGAGUUUGAGAAAAACCUGUACGGCACCAGCGUGGAUUCUAUACGGCAAGUCAUCAACUCCGGCAAAAUCUGCCUCUUGUGUCUGCACACACAGUCUCUAAAAAUGCUGCGCAAUUCUGAUUUAAAGCCAUUUAUUAUAUUCAUUGCGCCACCUUCUCAAGAAAGGCUGAGGGCAUUAUUGGCCAAGGAAGGCAGGAAUCCAAAGCCAGAAGAGCUAAGAGAGAUCAUGGAGAAAGCCAGAGAAAUGGAGCAGAACAACGGCCAUUAUUUCGACACGGCGAUUGUAAAUACGGAUUUAGACAAGGCUUAUCAGGAACUUCUUCGGAUAAUCAACAAACUGGACACGGAGCCUCAAUGGGUCCCUUCUUCAUGGCUACGGUGAAUAGAGAAGGUGCUAGUGGUUUGUAGGCAAUCACAUGGGUGCUCAAGGCACUUGCUGAAUACAGAGGUGCUGAGGAGCCCCAUUAUCCUUCUUUAAUGGAAACCAGUGCUGACUGCUACACGCAGAUAGUUCCCCAACCAGUGGCACUAACCAAAGCCUAGUGAGAAGGACCUUCACUGAACUGAGAGACUUGUGUCUGCUUGAUGAUGAUUGUUUUAGUUGCUCUUUAUAAGAUGAAAACCAAUCAAACUCAAUUUAGUUGGUCAACACUCAAGUUGUGUCCAUACUCUGUGAUCCCAUCAGAUGCUUUUACAGCGCCCUCUGCUGCCGGGAGGACCCUGCACAAGUGCAUUCCCAGGGAAACCAGCAGCUGUUGCUCCUUAUUAUAUACACAAAGCACAUGUUACUCCUGACUCCACACACUGGAUUAUUCUUGUUCUUUUUACGCACACUGAUCUUGUAGGCAAAGUGCUUGUUUCUACCCGCCGGCUUCCAGUGUAACAAUAGAACAAAAUUCUAUGUGAAAUAAAUCAAUAGCGUGAACCAGGAACUGUAUAUGAGAAACAAGCUCCUAUUUCUGUAGCUAAUUGCACUUGGGCUGGAAGACCUUCCCAUGCACAGAACAAUCCCAUGUACUGAACUGUAACUGGGUGCGCAUAGCAAACCUACGUCACAUGACAGCACAUCCUGGGAUGGUCAUGCUCUGCCGCCAUUUUUAAUUGUUCCUGGGAUGGUCAUGAUCUGCCGCCAUUUUUAAUUGGUCCUGAGAUGGUCAAGCUCUGCCGGCAUUUUUAAUUGGUCCAGAGAUGGUUACGCUCUGCCACCAUUUUUAAUUGGUCCAGAGAUGGUCAAGCUCUGCCUCCAUUUUUAAUUGGUUGCAUUGUUUUCUGCUCAUGGAUCUGGCACUGAAACAUUCCAUUUUUUUUUUAGCAAUGGCACUUGAUUCCAACGGCUACCAGCGAUGAGAAUGUAAAACUUUCUGCUUAUUUUUAGUGUUUUUAAUUGGUUCAUUUAAGGGAACCCCCCCCCCCCCUCAUGCUGCACAGUAACUCUCAUGGCCAAGCAGGAGGCCUGAAUUGAUUUCAGAACUACAACUCUCAAAAUCCCCAACAGACGACAUUGUAGCUGGAGUUGCCCCGGUCAGGCCUGAAACCCGUUGUCAUGUGAUGCUACUGAUUAUUCACAACCCCUAGUAGAUUGCUGACAUAGUAAGCUAGGAACCUCAAGUUUUAGAACUUGCAAAUUUGCCCAGUGUUUAUACCCACAAACUUCUAUGUCUGUCUGUUUAGCCUAUACUGGGAGUUUUGCAGUGUGGGAGUCAGUAAAGCUGGGUGGAGAGUAGCUGGCUAUUAACACUAUCCCACUUUAAAGCCCAAAGGAGCAGCGCAGCUCCCAAUAAAGGCAAAGGCCAUGUUGCUUAGUA